AAGGGAGGAGGAGUUUUUCGGAGAAGUUUGUAACAAUCUGCGCAGCUUUUCCUGUAGCCCCCCUGAACAAGUUGAAGCAGUGAAGCGGAUAAAGGAAGAUCUGCUUUGAACCAAACAGCUUGUUAUGGAAAUCCCUGCCAUAAAUCUCAAGGCCAUAGUACUGGUGCACUGGCUGCUUACAGUAUGGGGAUGUAUGAGUUUGCUGCCCUCGUCUUUUGCUUGGGGAAACUUUGGUGUUUUAGCUGUCGGGGUCUGGGCCAUUGCACAGAGGGACUCGAUCGAUGCCGUGCUCAUGUUUCUGUUGGGGAUGGUGGUGACGAUAUUGACCGACAUCAUCCAUUUUGGGAUCUUUUACCCGCGGUAUGACUUAGCGACAGAGACUGGAAGCACGUUUCGCUUCAGCCAGGGAAUGGCCAUCCUCAACCUGCUGCUCAAACCUGCGUCCUGCUUCUUCGUCUACCAAAUGUACCGCGAGCGUGGAGGAGAUUACAACGUUAACUUUGGUUUCCCCUCUGUAUCGCGAAACCGAGAUGCCUACCAGUCCAUUGACCAACAGGAUGAGUCUUCCAGCCCAGCCAAUCCCUUCAACCCGGCCCAGGAAAGCAAACCAGCAGUCCGCACAUACUGAGAGAACCAGGCAGUGGACAAUGCAGUGCUUUCCUUUUGAAUUUUCUAUGCAGCAGCACAGUGCUUAGGGGCAAUUUUUUGCAAUCGUUUCCACAUUUGUCCCAGUGUUUUGUACAGUUGGGUCUGCUGUAGAUUGCAGCCCUGACAGCAAUUUGAAUACUUUUAUUAUGGUAAAUCAUUAGCUCCGUAUGGCUUUAAGAAUUAAAUGUGGCUUAAUUAAACCCAUUUGAAUUUUUUCUUCAAAGGUUGCAAUGUUUUUUUUGCUGAGCGGGCACAUCACUGCUGAAAAAUACAGAGGAAGCACUGCUCUACCACUCCCAUGCUGUGUUCCUGUUGUUACCACCUACUUAUUUUGGUAGAGGGCUGAUGAAUGGAACUGUUGUGUCAGUUAACUUUUUUCUAAGUUAGUCAUUUUUACAAACGUGGCACUUACACACAUUAAGAGUCUUUCUCUUUGUGAUCUGUAAAUUAUUACAUUCUCAUUGUAUGCAGUAUUUAAUUAUUAUUUUCCAAUUCCUCUUUUGCUUUAUGGUACGGCAAUGCUUGAAGCAGAGGACCGUUUUUAACACGAGAGAGUUGGAAUGAAUGUUCAAUGUUGUGCCUUACAAGCAACCUUGUUCCUUUGUACUUUUUCAACUCAUACGAGCUAUAAAAUCCUUUGACUGAGUUGAAGACCAAAUUGAAGUUGGAGGCUUUUCUUUUCAUAACUGAGCAAGAAAUAAGUAAGACCUUCAUAGUGCAGUGCAGCACACAGACGGCACUGUUCACUUAUCUUGAUGUGCAAUGUCCGUAUUAAAUCUACUGUUAUCUACCAAUGUAACUAUGAAAAAAUUAAACGUAAAACUACGAUUUUUGAGAAAAAAAGAAAAACAUGAAUAUGAAUUUCUCAUUUCAAAACCAUUUCAAAUUUAUCAUUCUUUUUAUUGUCAUAAAAGUAAAGGGCCUCUUGACUGCCAUAAACACUCACACUGAAACUUGUUUCAAUAAAUUAUAGACCACA